AUGUCUCUGCCUAGCAUCAUGGUCAUUGUGAUGUUAACGGUAUCAUUUGCGGUGUUGAUUACGCCAUUGCAAGGUCAACUACACAAAAAUUUAAAAUACUACGAAACACUUCAUGCAAAGGAUCUUUCUCAUAGAAUUGAAAAGCGCGGAACGAAACACAGCAAUCAUCCGUUCAAUACCAUAAAGGAGGUGGAAUUUAAGGUGCUGGGAAGAAAAUUCCGCCUAAUUUUGCAUCCGCACGCUUCCGUACUGCACAGUAACUUCCGUGCUUACUCUGUCGAUGGAAAUGGCAGUGAAUCUAUCGUACAUCUAGAUCGAAGUAAUUUUUUUAAAGGACGCGUCUUUGGUGAAAUGGAAUCACAUGUUAAUGCACAUAUUGAUAAUGGCGUUAUGACUGCUUCGGUAAUACUACCCGACGAGACCUAUCACAUUGAACCAUCUUGGCGGCAUUUGCCACAUCUAAAUGAUCAGCAUAUGAUCGCUUAUCGAGCAUCGGACAUCAAAUUCAGUUGGGACCAGGUUGAUGCCAUCUCGGGAGAGCUCGGGGUGCCCAGAACGUGCGGUUACGUUAAGGAAGGGCCAGAACUUGAGCUGCAAGUGGAAGACGACGACGAGGAAGAUGUAGAUUUAUUCGAGAUUGACAAUAAUCCUACACCAGAAACAGUGUGGCAUUCAGAAGAUGCGGCUGAAAGUAAAAAAACGCGACGCAAACGACAAGCUGAUCAGUACGAGUACACACCAACUAAAACUCGUUGCCCGUUGCUGUUGGUGGCGGAUUAUCGAUUCUUUCAAGAGAUGGGGGGAAGCAAUACCAAAACUACCAUAAACUAUUUGAUAAGUCUCAUCGAUCGUGUGCAUAAGAUCUACAACGAUACCAUCUGGCAAGAUCGAUCUGAUCAGGAAGGUUUCAAAGGAAUGGGUUUCGUUAUCAAAAAGAUAGUUGUCCAUUCAGAACCAACACGGGUACGCGGCGGAGAAGCGCAUUACAACAUGGUUCGAGAAAAGUGGGACGUUCGUAAUUUACUAGAGGUUUUCUCUCGAGAAUACAGUCAUAAAGAUUUCUGCCUGGCACAUCUUUUUACAGAUCUGAAGUUUGAAGGAGGUAUCCUUGGGCUUGCGUACGUGGGAUCUCCGCGUCGAAAUUCUGUCGGAGGCAUUUGUACCCCAGAAUAUUUCAAAAAUGGAUACACUCUGUACUUGAAUUCCGGCCUUAGUAGCUCACGCAAUCAUUACGGGCAGCGUGUCAUCACUCGCGAAGCCGAUCUGGUAACUGCACAUGAGUUUGGUCACAAUUGGGGCUCGGAACAUGAUCCCGACAUUCCAGAGUGCUCCCCAAGCGCCUCUCAGGGUGGAAGUUUUCUCAUGUAUACUUAUUCUGUCAGCGGAUACGACGUGAAUAACAAAAAGUUCUCCCCUUGCUCAUUGCGGUCCAUUCGAAAAGUGUUGCAGGCCAAAUCUGGCCGCUGCUUUUCAGAACCAGAAGAGUCGUUCUGUGGUAACUUGCGCGUAGAGGGUGACGAGCAGUGUGAUGCGGGUUUACUCGGUACUGAAGACAACGAUGCAUGUUGUGAUAAAAACUGCAAACUUCGGCGCAACCAAGGAGCUGUUUGUAGCGAUAAAAAUUCACCCUGUUGUCAAAACUGCCAAUAUAUGAUGGCCGGAGUUAAAUGUCGCGAGGCGCAGUAUGCAACGUGCGAGCAGGAGGCGCGAUGCACCGGAAACCAUGCUGAAUGUCCGAAGAGCCCUCCGAUGAGCGAUGGCACCAUGUGCCAGGAGCGCGGGCAGUGUCGGAAUGGAAAGUGUGUACCCUAUUGCGAGACGCAGGGCCUGCAGAGUUGCAUGUGCGAUAUAAUUGCGGAUGCGUGCAAACGAUGCUGUCGGCAAAGCAUCAAUGAAACGUGUUUCCCAGUGGAACCGCCAGACGUACUUCCCGAUGGAACACCAUGCAUUCAGGGCUUCUGCAACAAGGGUAUGUGCGAGAAAACAAUUCAAGACGUCGUGGAACGGUUUUGGGAUAUUAUUGAAGAAAUCAAUAUCAACAAGGUGCUCCGAUUCCUGCGGGACAACAUUGUCAUGGCUGUAGUUAUGUUAACUGCACUAUUUUGGAUACCGGUUAGCUGUGUGAUUUCGUACUUCGAUCGAAAGAAAAGGAAAGAGGACUGGAAAGAGUACGAGUGGAGCCAGAAGCUGGACCUCAUCCAUCCGACUGAUCGUCGUAGAGUAAUUCAUAUAAGAGUACCGAGACAGAAAAUUACGGUUGCCAGAAUGUAAACCCAAGAGCACAAGGUAGGGCCGGGGGUUUAGCCGUACUUUGUUUUUAUUGUGUUCUUUUACCAAAUUGAUAACUAGUCAAACCCUUUACUAUAACUUAUUCAACUUAAGCCAUCACAUUCAGUAUAAGCACAACUGUAA